CAGCAAAUCUCCCAAUAAAGAAGAGAGCAAUGGCUGAAGAAUCUCUCAGAGCACCGGAGUCUAAGUCAGAGUCUGACAGCGGCGAUGGAGAUGUGACUUGCUUAUCCGCCGAAGACGUCACGAAAGAGGCACUUACAGUCCAAGAAUACCAGAUGAAAGCUUUCUACCAUCUUCUCCAAGUUUUCUCUUUAGAAACCUCGACAAUGUCAAAGAAGAGGACUGAGAUCAUUGAGAAACUGAUGAACGAGUGGGGGAUAUCUGACGAAACUUGCAACGCUUUUGCGGAUAAGAUUCAGAAGAAUCUUCUGAAGCUAGAGAAAAGGGAGGAUGCAUCUGUAUCUGAUGAGAAGGAAACGCAGAUAGUACCAGAGACGCCAUUGACCAAACCUGCAUCGCCGAGUUCGACUUAUGUUCCUGAAUCUGGAAAAAGCUGGGGUAGUGUUAAUCCUGAGUAUCUUCUUGGAAAAUGUGUUCGUAUGAGGCUGCCAGAGGAAGCUGAGUUCAACGAAUACAUCAUCAAAGCAUAUGAUGCGGAACAGGAAAUGCAUCGCGUUGUGGCCGCAGACUCGAAUGCAAUGGAGGUUGAUGACCCGUAUAGCUUGAUAGAUCUCAGAGAAGUUUCUCCUGAAGAUAUAAUGUGGGAAGGUGGAGAAAAGCCAAACUUUGAUGCUCCCAAGCAGUCUACAGCUCGACGAUCCCUUCUCUGAUAACAAGGCUCUACAAUCACAUUGUCAGCAAAUCUUGACAAGGUAACUUUGCCAAUGAUAUAUAUAUAUAACACAUGUACAUUCUCAGUGAAAUCUUAAUUACUGAUGACUUGGCAGAAAAAAAUUAGUGACAAUCUUGGUUUUUUUUAAUGCAGGGCAAUGAUAAGAAGAUUGAUCAAGACCCUCUUUAAAUUUUCUUUUGAGCUCUUUUUAGUUGUACAAUCACAUAACACAGACCUUUUCUGGUGUUGUUUGCUGGAAUUACAGUAGAAACGGGUCAGUGUUGAAGUGUUGUUAAACAGGAUUCAGAUACUUGCUUU